CCCGCCCCGGCGCUCCCGCCACCGCCCGCAGCCGCCGCGGCCCCCACGCCCGCCCGCGUCGGUGGAGGAUGGUGGCGGCCCGGGGCGCUGCCGCCCGCCGCGGAGCGCUGCUGCUGCUGCUCGCUGCCCUCGGGGUCUGCCGCCCGCGCCUCGCCCGUGCCGCAGCGUCCUGUCCCCGGAGCCUUGACUGUGCCCUGCAGCGUCGGGAGUUCUGCCCACCAGGGUCAGGCGCCUGUGGCCCUUGCCUACGCACCUUCCAGGAGGACGACCGUGGGCGAUGUAUCCAGAAGCAGCUCUCACCCAGUGGGCGGACGUCCGUUCCCAGCUUGGAGGAAGAAAUUGAUUUUCUGGCAGACGUGCUGGCCAGGCAAGAGGCUCCUCACCCCCACCAGCUGCGGGAUGGCAAGCCCAGGACCACCCUGGUCCCUGGCAGUGGCAGACAGCGCAUGGCCAGUGGGCUGAGAGAGGGGCUUCUGCAGCGGGGUCCCGCCAGCAGCAAGGCAGCUGCCACCCUCCCCACCUCCACUACCUCCACGGUCCAGAAGUACCCGGUGGAGGCAUCCCCCAUCCCUUCAAAUGACGAUGUGGUGCUUGGGCUGAUUGUGGUGUGCACAGUGGCUGGGAUCUCGGCACUGAUCGUGGCUGCAGUCUGCUGGUGCAGGCUGCAGAAGGAGGUCAGGCUGGCACAGAAAGCAGACUACGCGGCACAGCGAGCAGCCAGCCCCUUACCCUAUGACAAGAUCUCGCCUGGGGACAAGACACUGGCUCAGAGUGCCCAGAUGUACCACUACCAGCACCAAAAGCAGCAGAUGCUCUCCAUGGAGAAGCAUAAAGAGGAGCCCAAGCUGCCGGACUCAGCGUCAUCUGACGAGGAGAACGAGGAUGGAGACUUCACCGUGUACGAGUGCCCUGGGCUGGCUCCGACCGGAGAAAUGGAAGUGAGGAACCCGCUGUUUGACGACUCCUCCUUACACCCCUCGAACCCCAAGUCGCACCAGUAACACCCCUCCUCUCCUCUGCCCAAGCUCGCUACGGACUGUAUGCCCAACGCCAAAACCCGGCGGGGUGGCCACACCGGAGGGGCACCCGCAGCCGGGCAAAGGGGCGCGGACCCCACUCUGCCAGACUGUUUGAUGCCUGCCCAAUAAACACCCACUAACAGCUACGGGAGGGGGGAAUCGCCCCAUUUCCAGCAUUCUUGUCCUCUUUGCUGCUCUGAUCGCGUCCCUGCCUUGCCCUUCGCUCACUGCUCUCGGGGACACAGCAGUCCUGUGGGGCGGGUGGCCACUGCCUUGGCACAGAAACGGGGCUGGGGGAGGGGGGGAAUGCAGCGCUGCCUCUUUGCAUUUGGCUUUGAGAAGAGGGCUGCUGCCGUGGCUGUAGCUGGGCUGAUGCAACAGCAGCUGGGAAAGGACUGAAGAGGGGGUUGCAGAGCAGGAGAGGGGCCAGGGCGUCCGAGCAUGCUCAUGUCUGCAGGGAAAGGCAUCAGGGCUGCCCAGAGCCCCUUUGCCAGGGAUGGAGACUUCACACAGAGUGGGUGGCAUUGCUAAAGGCUCUGGUGCCUGGUCUGUCCCCUCGUCCCCAGCCUGGGCAGCCCCUGGUAGUAGGGUCCUGCUCCAGGAACCAAGAGCAGGAGCAGGCUUGGGCAGGCACUGGCAUCGCUCCCAGGAUACAUCUUCAGAUGCUGCUCUGUGCCAUGCCCAGCCGGAACCAGAGGCUCUGCCCUGGCCCCUGCACUGGCUCCAUCCCCUUCUAAGGGUGCUGGUCCUCUGAGGCCCUGGGGCGCAGACAGUCCUGGUGCAGCCGUGGCCUCUGACACCAUGCCGGACUAUGCAGGCAGAGGAUUUCCUUGUGGCAGCCCUGGGUGCUGGCUGGGCUCUCACCCCAGGCCUCCAUGGGGUGAAUGCUCAGAAGAGGCUCAGUGUUUUGGUCUUAAGCCUGUGUGGCCAAGGGGGAGGAAGGAGCAAGACUAGUGGGGUCUCAGAUGCCUGGGUGGAGUAGCCGAGGCACGGUGGCUUUGCUGUGCUGCUUCUCUGCCCCAUGGAGUCCAUGCCCUUUGCAGCAUCCCUGUGGAGCCUGGCCCGGCGCUCUCCCCAGGCAUCCCUCUGUGGCAGGGGACAGUCUCUGCCUCUCCAUCCCAGGCAUCCCCUGGGCUGCAGAGACCCCCUGCACCCCUCUACUGCCCGUAUCUGCAUCCGGGCUCACCAGCCCCCACCGACAAGUCCUUGCUCGGAGCCCAGCACUCUUCCCCAAAGCCUCCCUGGUGCAUUGGCUGUGACCCCUCCUGCAUAAGGCCCAGGACAAGUUUUGGGUUGCUUUUCACAGAUGUGGCUUCAUGUCCAGACCCUGCCGUGGACUGUCACAGCCACAGGUAACCUGUUGCAUGCAGGUGGUGUCUAGCCAUGGGGGUGACUUCUUGCACAUGGGUGGCCUCCUGCAUGCACAGGAGCUGUUGCAUGCACAGGAGCCGUUGCACGCUCAGAAGCCGUUGCACGUGCAGGCAGGCACGGGCAGGGCAGGCAGCAGCGGCAGUGCCCUGUGCUGUUGAGCGGUGGUGGUGUGGGAACAUCCCCAGCGGGGCUGCUGGCAGAGACUGUCACUGCACAGAUCCUUUCCCCGCACCCUGCUCCCUUUCCCAUGGGCUGCUGCCCUUCUCUCCGUGCCCUUCGUUGUUGUAUGUAGUUCUUUUAAAAUGAGAUUUUAUUAAACGACCAUGUUUGAGA